AUGGCCAAGAAUAAUCUCACCACAGUAACUGAAUUCAUUCUCAUGGGCUUUAUGGACCACCCCAAAUUGAAAAUUCCCCUCUUCCUGGUGUUUCUGAGUUUCUACCUGGUUACCCUUCUUGGGAAUGUGGGGAUGAUUAUUUUAAUCCAAGUAGAUGUCAAACUCCACACCCCAAUGUACUUCUUCCUGAGCCACCUCUCCCUGCUGGAUGCCUGUUACACCUCAGUCAUCACCCCUCAGAUCCUAGCCACAUUGGCCACAGGCAAAACCGUCAUCUCCUACGGCCACUGUGCUGCCCAGUUCUUUUUCUUCACCAUCUGUGCAGGUACAGAGUGUUUCCUGCUGGCAGUGAUGGCCUAUGAUCGCUAUGUUGCCAUUUGCAACCCACUGCUCUAUAUCGUGGCCAUGAAUCCCAGACUCUGCUGGAGCCUGGUAGUAGGAGCCUAUGUCUGUGGGGUGUCAGGAGCCAUGCUGCGUACCACGUGUACCUUCACCCUCUCCUUCUGCGAUGACAAUCAAAUCAACUUCUUCUUCUGUGACCUACCCCCACUACUGAAGCUUGCCUGCAAUGACACAGCAAACAUCGAGAUUAUCACCAUCUUCUUUGGCAGUUUUGUGAUUUUGGCCAAUGCCUCAGUCAUCCUGAUUUCCUAUCUGCUCAUCAUCAAGACCAUUUUGAAAGUGAAGUCUUCAGGUGGUGGGGCCAAGACUUUCUCCACAUGUGCCUCCCACAUCACUGCUGUGGCCCUUUUCUUUGGGACCCUUAUCUUCAUGUAUCUGCAAAGUGGCUCAGGCAAAUCCCUGGAGGAAGAUAAGGUCUUGUCUGUCUUCUACACAGUGGUAAUCCCCAUGCUGAACCCUCUGAUCUACAGCUUAAGAAACAAAGAUGUAAAAGAUGCCUUCAGAAAGGUCACUGGGAGACUCCAGGUGUCCCUGACCAUGUAG